ACAGCCGUCUUCCCGUUGGUCAUGGUGCAGCUGCGGCCGCGUCCGUCGCGUGUCCCCGCGCCGGCGGAGGCGAUGGUGGACGAGGACCAGGCGGCCUCGGAGGAGGAGGAGGAGGCGGAGCACGGGCUGCUCCUCGGGCAGCCGAGCAGCGGCGCUGCCGCCGAGCCGCUGGACGAGGACGAGGACGGUGACGACGAAGCCCCAGAGGAGCUGACUUUCGCCAGCGCUCAGGCGGAAGCGAGGGAGGAGGAGCUGCGCGUGCGUGAGAGUGCACGGAGGGAUAAAACGCUGCUGAAAGAGAAGAGGAAGCGGCGCGAGGAGCUGUUCAUCGAACAGAAGAAAAGAAAGCUGCUUCCAGAUGCUGUUUUAGAGCAACUAACUGCUGCUUCAGAGGCUGACAUAAAGAACUCACCAGGAAAUGUAAAAGUUAAUUUGAAGAAGAAAAGCGAACACAUUGCAAAAGGAAGAAACUCCAAGAAAGUUAAAAUACAAAAAGUGCAGUCUGUCAGUCAGACCAAAAGCUACUUGGCUGUAAGGCUAAAAGAUCAAGACCUGAGAGAUUCAAGGCAAGAAGCAGCCAAACACUUCAUCCACAAUUGUUUAUAUGGUUCAGAAUCCAAGAGGACUACUGUAAACAAGUUCCUGUCACUGAACAACAAGAGGCUACCAGUGAAACAGGCCGCAGCCCAGUUUCUCAACAGCACCUGGGGUGCUCAGAAACAACAAAAUGCCAAGAGGUUUAAAAAACGGUGGAUGGCCAGAAAGAUGAAAAAGAAAAGUUAUAAGUGAAUUGAAAUAAAGCUAAAUGAAGAACCUGUACUUCAUAUGUAUAAAUUUAAGAUUAUUUGGUGUAGAAAGGACUGAUUUCUCAAAAUCUAUAGUUAUUCAUAAAUCAUUGUAAAGGAUCAUUAUAAAAACCAUAAACCUUUUUGUCUUGGAAAA